CAUUUGCUUUUGAACAAGUCAUGUGUAUUAAUCUUCUUUCUGCCUUUCAUCUAUGAUACCAGCAAGCAUUUGAGAUGCAACUGGCAAACUGGACACAAGUGAAUGAAUUCAUCCUGGUUGGUUUUCCUGGAGAUCUGAGGCUGCAGCUCUUGUUAUUCACCACUUUUCUGGUUGCCUACACACUGACAAUAAUGGAGAAUGUGGUGAUCAUUGCCUUUAUCUGGAUGAACAUCAAUCUUCAUAAGCCUAUGUAUCUCUUCCUGAGUAAUCUUUCUUUCCUUGAGAUCUGGUAUGUCUCCGUCACGGUCCCCAAAAUGCUUGCUGGCUUUGUGGCAGAAAAGAGGGAAAUCUCUUUCAUAGGUUGCAUGGCUCAGCUGUACUUCUUCCUGGCUUUGGCAUGCACUGAGUGUGUCCUUCUAACUGUUAUGGCUUAUGAUCGCUAUGUUGCCAUCUGCAACCCAUUGCGCUAUCCAGCUAUUAUGAGUCAAAACUUAUGCAUUCGUCUAGCAGCCGGAUCCUGGUUGAGUGGCAUUUUCAUCGCCAUGGGGAAGAUCAUCUUCAUCUCACGCCUGAGCUACUGUGGACCCAACGUUAUCAACCACUUCUUCUGUGAUGUUUCCCCACUUCUCAACUUGGCCUGCACUGAUAUGUCAUUGGCUGAGCUCAUUGAUUUCCUUCUUGCCUUACUCAUUCUCAUUGGCCCACUCUCUGUAACAAUCACCUCUUACAUCUGCAUCAUCUCCACAAUUCUCCACAUACCUUCAGCCAAAGGGAAGCACAAAGCCUUUUCCACCUGUGCUUCACACCUUCUGGUAGUCACAAUUUUCUAUUCUACCACUAUUUUCAUCUAUGCCCGGCCAAGAGCCCUCACCUCCUUUUAUGCCAACAAGCUGGUGUCUGUUGUCUACACCGUCCUCACACCACUUCUCAAUCCAGUCAUCUACUGCCUGAGGAAUCAGGAAUUCAAAGAUGCCUUCAGAAAAUCAGUGCAUGGACCUUCAUCAAUGAGAAUGGGCUAA